AUGUACCGGAUCGUAGCGACGACGACAUACGUCUACUUGAUGAACUUACUGUUGACCGAGCUAAUAGCGGUGGAGCAGCCACUGCUUGCGAUAGCGAAGGCCAUGAGUUCGGCUAUCCUGAUUUCAGACUUGAUAAAUCCCCAGCGGGCGGUGAAAGUGACGGUGGAGAAACCGUAUUCAAUGUUGAAGGUGAGGAUCUCGAUGUCCGUCAUGAUCAUGAAGACCAAGCCAACCCCAGCAGAGACUUUCAACAUGACGAAGGUGAACCCGACCAGGAAAAUCGACCACCAAGCGGGAUGUCCCAUGCUGCUACGCCUGCAGAUACAACAAGUUUAUCAAACCGACAACCGCUUCAACAGCUUCUCGGCCGUCAAAACAAGUCCAGCUUAG